GCUAAUAAAUUAUGGCUCCGAGUGAAUACAGUGGACCGUAUUUUAUUUUUACGAAAGACCACUAAUGCAGCACCAGAUUCUACUUCCAUCCACUAGAGGGCGCCAGUAGUAUUACAUUGACGAACAUGCUUGUUUAGGGUCGCUUGUCAAGUUUAGGCUGUAAAAAGACCAACACGUUAAAUUGAAUUAUCAAAACGGACUUUAUGUAGCUGUUGUUAACUGUAAAGCACACAAAUAUGAUCUAAUUUAAGUUAUUUUAAUAUGUGUUCGACUGUAGCAGCAUGCUAACCGUCUGUUUGCUGUUAGUUAGCUAGCUAGCCGCUAGCGACUCCUGAUACAGAUGUUAGCCCCAGUUUGUGAGCUGAAUAGAGAAAUAUCUUCUAAAAAAGUGUGAUAGUUUGACUCGAGAAACAAGUCUAAAUGGAUCUCAAGUUUUACUCUGAGCUGUCGGAUGACUGUCCUGCAAAUGUUGACACGGAGUUUAUGGACACCCAGCCAUACGGCGGAUACUCUGAGGAGAGCAAGUUUUCUGAAGGCAGCGACAGCUAUCUAACCAUUAGUGGAGCUGGGCAUCAUUUCCUAUCAGCGGAGACAUUCCACACUCCUAGUCUCGGGGAUGAGGUGUUCGAGAUCCCCCCGAUAUCCCUGGAUCCAGACCAGGCUCUCGGCAUCAGCGAGGCGGUGUCCCACUUUGACCUGACCGAUGGCUCAGACGACACCAGCGGGUCUUCUGGCUCCAGGAGCCUGGUGAGCAACCUGGUGGUGGAGGCCAAUGAUCCGUCGUUCGCCUCCACCUUUGGGUCUCAAGGUCUGGAGAGGCUGAACCUCGGGACAAUGGGUCAAGCUGGAGGGGGAGCCCUGCUCAGCUCCUCUGCCCUGGAGAUGGGGAACUCCAGCGGCUCACAUUUCAGCCGCUCUCCUCCCAUGACCAUCGAUGUUCAGCUGAGCGAAUUGGGUCACGGUCUCCUGGAAGGCAGCCAGCUGACCGGCAUGAACCCUUCAGAACUGACGCUGGGGCUCGGUGGAAGUAACCCGGGCCAUCAUCCGGAUGUGCCGGAGGAGCCGCUGCUGAUAUCCUCGUCUCCAGUCGGUUCCCUGCAGGACGAGGACAUGGAUGACUUCAAGAGAAGCGUGCUGGUGGACUCCCCUGUGUCCAUCUCCUCCUCCCCGGUCCUGUCUCACAUGUCCCCCUACCCCGCGUCUCCGUCCUCUGCCUCCCCGGCGGCAGCAGCCAGGCGGGCCGGAGGGAAACCCACCACUCUGGCCUCGGCAGCCGAAGUGGCGGCGGGAGGAAAGAAAGGCAGGAAGAAGAAGGAUCCCAACGAGCCGCAGAAGCCCGUCUCGGCGUACGCUCUGUUUUUCAGAGACACCCAGUCGGCCAUUAAGGGCCAGAACCCCAACGCCUCCUUCGGGGAGGUGUCAAAGAUCGUGGCGUCCAUGUGGGACAGCCUGGCGGACGAUCAGAAACAGGUUUACAAAAAGAAAACGGAAGCAGCCAAGAAGGAGUACUUGAAGGCGCUGGCAGUGUACAAAGCCAGCCAGCUGACUCAGCCGGCCGCUGUGGAGACGGAGACCUCCCCCCCUGUGGUGGAUCUGACCCUGGCAGCCCCUCCUCCUGCGGCCCAGCAGACCCUUCUCCUGCCCUCGGCCAGCAGCAGCGGUAGCAUGGAGGCCAACAUCAUCCUGGACGUUCCUCCCCAGGCGGGCGGAAUCCCAGCCGGUGCUCCGAGCGCCGUCCUGCCUCCGACCCAGACCGUCACCAAGAUCAUCAUCCCCAAGCAUCUGCUGCAGGCCGGGGGCCAGGUGGUGACGCUGUUAUCCGGAGGGAUCGGCACCGUGCAGCCCACCCUCCUGGUGUCCAGCGCCGCCCGCCAGCCGCCGCCACUGCAGCAGAUGCAGAACGCGCCGCCCCCACCGCGGCUCCAGCAGAUGGCGCCGGCCCCGCCGCCCCUGCAGGCCAAACCCAGAGAGGGAGCGACGACGACACUGGGCCAGCCGGUCACCAUGGCGGCGACGCCUCCACCUCCGCUCCAGAUCAAAAUAGUCCCUGCGUCGGUUCAGGACAGGUUGGCCGCCAGCGUAGUCGCCCCCAUCGCUACCGCUGAUGCUGCUGCGGCUACAACCGUGCAGCCGGCGCAAGACGGGAGUUCUGUCGCAGCUACAGGCGACGACGAUGUCACCGAGAUUCUGGAUUCAGACGAGGACGUGAUGGAGGUGAGCGCGUCCGUCGGCGCCGUCUCUGUGAAGAGCAUGUGUGUGAGAGCGGGCUGCACAAACCCGGCCAUCGACAGCGAGGACUGGGACCAGGAGUACUGCAGCAACGAGUGCGUGGCCACUCACUGCAGGGAUGUCUUCCAGGCGUGGUGCUCCAUCCGGAACCAGAACCUGGGGACGGUGAAGUGAAGAGCGCCCUCUACUGAUCGACACAGACACAACAACUGAUUUAUAUAUUUUUGCUAGUAACACUAGUCAGCUGAAAAACCUGUUUUUGUUUUUUGUUUUUUUAAAACUGGAACAAAGAUAAGUGGUGAUUGUUGUCACUGCUUUGGAUGCGAAUUGUAGUUUAGCAGUGAGUUUGAAUGAAAAGUGUCAAUAAAUCCGAUCCAGACGUGGAGACAGCCGUUAUCGGUACCGGAGGAUCUAAUGGCAGCUAGUACAGUUUGAAAAGUUUUUUUUUUUCUUUAAUAAAAAUAAAAUAUAAAAAACAUAUCCAGUAAUGAACAAAAAUAAAAACUCCAGACCAGUUUAGCAUUAAAUGCCUUCAUUUGUUUGUACAUGUUUGGUAUUUGAUGAUGGCUUUCCAUGUGCGAUAAUGCCUUUUUUUGUAUGAACUUUUAAUCAGGCAGUUAAGUUGUUUCAAUAUUCUCAUGUUUUUUUUUAAUAAACCGAAAAAAAGCCUAUAGCAGA